UCUUUCUCUAUCACCUGCGGUGAAAUUUGAAUAAAUAUAAUUAUAAUAAUAUAAUGUUACGCAAGUUAUAAAUUAUAUCAAUCAACAAAUCAUAGUUUCAAAUUGUGAAGUGCUUUAAUAAUAAUCUAAUUCAAUAAAGGUAGUCUCACCUUAUUUGUUUUCAAAACCAAGAAAAUAAUUCUUAGGUUGUUUCUCUGAAAAAGGUUAUAUGUAUACUAUGAAGCAAACUGUAAAGCUAUAUUCAAAGAUGAUUUUACAAUUGGUGAGAGGUUUCCAAACAAGUACUGUUUACAAAGCAGCUGAGUCAUCAUUGCUGGCUAAACUCAGGAAAAAGACUGGUUAUACUAUUUCUAACUGCAAAAAAGCUUUAGAAAUGCAUAAUAAUGAUACAGACAAGGCAGAGACAUGGUUGAAUGAGCAAGCCCAGGCAAUGGGUUGGGCAAAAGCCACAAAACUAGCUGGAAGAAAGACUGCACAAGGGCUGAUAGCAGUCAAAUUUGACAAGAAACAUGGAGCCCUGGUGGAAUUGAAUUGUGAAACCGACUUUGUGGCGAAAAAUGAUAAAUUCCACAAGAUGAUAGAGGAUGCAACAUUAGCUUGCUAUAAAUUUGCACAUACACACCUCAAGGCUCAGGGACCUAUUACAAAGAUGGAAUUGGACACAGAACAGCUAGGCAGCCUGACUGCUGAUGGAAAGAAAUUAUCUGAAAUCUUGGCUCUUUUCAUUGGUUCUGUUGGGGAAAAUGCUGUAUUGCGUCGAGCUGAGUGUUGGAAAGCGAAUAGUGAUGAUGUGAAAAUAACAGCUUAUACUCAUCCCGCUCCAGCAAGCUUGGGUGACUACUCAACAGGCAAAUAUGGUGCGCUAAUGGCGUACAGGCAAGCAAAUGAUCAUGAGGACAUUGGCAGACAGUUGUGUCAACAUAUCGUUGGGUGCUCACCCUCAAAAAUUGGCAACAAGGAAAAAGAUACACCGGCAAAGAACACGGAUGACGAAACCUGUCUCAUAUAUCAGGAAUACCUUCUUGACCCUUCAUUUACUGUCCAAGAAGUAUUAGAACAGAAUAAAGUAGAAGUGAUCGACUAUGUCAGGUUCUCAUGUGGUGAAGCUGAAGAGGAGUCAUUGCCGGGAGUGGAGAAGCAGCCCCUAGAUACUGUUCAGACAUUGCAGUAGACAUUUUUAAUAGUCAGCUACUUAUGAAGUUAGUUUUAAAUCAUAGAAAUUUAUUUUGCAUUUACAUAUAAAUUAAAAUGUACAAAAUA